AUGUCGCGUCCCCCUUUGCGUGAGACAUCGAGCUACAAUCAACUUCUGGGAAGAGGCACGCGCCACUCCCUUCCGCUCGCCUCAGUCGCACACAACCACAUAGCUUCUUUCCAUUCCCCGAAAUUCCGCCCACAAUAUCGCCUCAUUAAAGAAUUCGUGGAGAUAUACCAGCUCGAGGAUGAAUUGGGUUCCGGCGGGUACGGGUUUGUGAUGACUGCGCGCCAUCGUGAGGAACGACGCGAAGUUGCGGUGAAAUUUAUCAUCAAAAGUAAGGUUCCAGCCCGUUCAUGGGUUCACGAUGAUAUCAUUGGGAAGCUACCAACGGAGGUUGUCGUUUUAAGCUUCGUUGACCACGAGAAUAUUGUGAAGUGUCUGGAUAUCUUCGAGGAUUCUAAGUAUAUCUAUCUUAGCACCAAUACGUCGCUAUCAACGCCUCCCCUUUCCUAUGCUGCGCCUCAUCAGAGAUUCACGGAGUCGCAGGCUCGCGAUGUCUUUUCUCAACUAGUAGAUGCAGUCCAAUAUCUCGGUGAUUUAGGAAUAGCGCACCGGGAUAUCAAGGAUGAAAACAUAGUAAUCGACAAGAACUUCAAGGCAACUUCCACUUUUAUUUCGCCUAUACUUCUAUUUGAAUUUUUCGGUACCCCACACUACGCGGCGUCCGAAAUCUUGCGCAGGAAACCGUAUCAAGCGGCGCCCGCCGAAAUUUGGACGUUGGGAGUGUUGUUGUCAUACUUACUUACGGGGGCGUCUCCAUUUGCAAAUGUGUGGGACGCGGUAGAUGGGAGGAUUUUUUUGUCGAGGAGUGCUGCGUCCUGCCCGUCAAAGGAGGCCGUGGAUUUGAUGAAGAGGUGCUUAGAUCCAGAUCCAGGGACCAGGGCGACUGUGGUGGAAGUUAUAGAACAUGUGUGGUUGAAGCGUCAGUCUGUUUCUGGCUGA